AUGGACCCAGACACCUCGGAAGCACUGCAAUCGACAACAACUGGACGCUAUCAUGUCAGGAAAUUGCGUUCCCCAAGAUCAUCUCUCAGUGUCACCACUGAACUGUUCCCAAUUUGCGAACCGACACCGAAAGGUCCACGGAUUGUCUCGGAACAAGCUUGUGAGAACUGUAGGAGAGUCAAACGUCGAUGUGAUGGGACAAAGCCCUGCUGUGGACGAUGCUCUGGAACGAAUAGAAAGUGCGUUUGGGGAGAGCGACGACUGAAGACCCCUGCUGUCGCUACUCCUCCCACAUUACAGAAGGAUGGCAACUCGGCACCUAAACGUAGAAAAACCAGUGAAUCUGAAUCACAAUCACCUGUGUCAUAUCUAGAAACCCCCUCUACUGCUACUGUAACGACUGGUCUCGUUGAGUCUCCAAGGCCAUACACGCCAGACUGGAUUACAGUUAAGAACGAGUACCAUGAUAUAGGAGAAGAUCCCUCAACCGAUUACUUUCAGGCACCUACCAUUACUGAAGCAUUUGGGUAUGCGGCAUUUGGUAAUCAGACUAAAGCCGCUGAACCAUGGUUUAUUCGUAAUGAAAGUAAUGACAAGACUUUGGACUCGAGUGUAUGGUUUAUAAAUCCACGUAUACAUCCGGCCGAGCUUCCACUGAUAGCACCUGUAACUAAUACUUCAUAUGAAUCAUCAUAUUCGUAUAUUGUUGGUACUCCACCUCUUGCUAUGAUAUCAGGACCCAUGAAGCAGGGUUCAUUUGGAUAUGAUGUGCCUCAGGCAAAACCCGAAUUCGAGAUGGUAGAGCAUCAGCCAUCUCCACAUCAGUAUCAACCAGAAAUGUUUAGGAGAGAGAUCGUGCCUGUAGCAGAGACCGCAAGCCAGGACGAGGAACAGCUGAUGCAACUUAAUCGUCGUGAUAUAGCUCGAUCACAGUCAGUUGAUAUGGCAAGACUGAUGGUGCCUUUGAAACAAAUUACAGAAAAAGUCUCGAAUUAUGUAAAUACCGACGAACUACUGCAGUCCUUUUUCCGAUCAAGCUGGUUUAACGUCGGGCAUCGGCCACUGCAUCCCCGAGUGUUUAAAGCCAGCUUUCAGUCUCAGCAUCCGGUACUUCAAAAUGCGGUUAUGGCUCUAGGUGCCAUGAACAGCCGACAGCCGAUACUUUUGUCGAUGGAAUAUUCGAAACGUGGUCUACCGUUUUAUAAACAGGCGCUCAAGAUACUGGAUGAUACGUUACAGGGGAAGGAACAACUUGUUGAUGCACAUGUAGUGGCCGCGUGCUUGCUAUACCGUUUUGCAUACGCAAAUAGUGACCUCACAGGAUUUUUCACCCAUUUACACUCUGCAUGCAACUUGGCACUGUCACUUCAAUUCCAUGUGGAUCCAGACGACUUAGAAGCAAACGGAUACGGACAACAACAGCAAAUGACGUGGCUGCAGAAGAAUACUCGUCGAGAAGUGUUUUGGAAUUUGUAUCAUUAUGAGAGACUCAUGGCUAAAUUGCUCAGACAUACUGUUGUCAUGUUACCAGAAACAGACCCUGACAACAUGCCUAGAGUGAGGUACCCAGCUGCUGAUGGGACGAAACUUAGACUGCAGUCAGAGAAUGGAGAUGUUGAGCUUGAUUUUGCACAGGAACAUAAUUUAUGUAUUUUGGAUUCGCAGGUUUCGGUGUUGUGGGAGAAGGCUUAUAAAUGGCUGUCUAUAUAUUCCUCUGAAACAUACCCUACAUAUGACUUUAGCUUUGAUCGUGUUGCUGGCGAGACGGAAUUCCCAAGUAAUGACAAGACGAGAUGGCUUGUGAUCGAUUAUUUGGACGAACUUCCGAAACUGAAUCUAGAGUUUUCAACCUGGUACAUCAAUCUGCCUCAUUGGGCCAAAGAUGUAACUGGUCGCGCUGCUCCCUAUAUUGCAGAAACGCAAAAGGUUGCUGCUCAGGGACAGCCAAGAUCUAUACCGGAUGAUUCAGAGUUAUGGCAUCUGGUUUGCACGCACUUGUUUUAUAAUAUGGCUGUCAUAAUGCUCAACAAAUCACAAAUGAUAUUCGUAAUGCGCACACGUCCAACAGUACAAUCCCUUAUCGAUCCAUCUGUAAUAUACAUUAAAGCCGCUGCUCUCCGCAUCUGUAAACUCGUGUCACAAGUAACUCUACCUCUCGACCGUCACUGGCACAUGGUACCGUGUCGAGCACUACAUACUGUAAUGGAAGCUGCACAAGCACUAUGCAUGAUUGCAGCAUACUUGCCUUUAAUUGGAGAAUCUGGACGUGUAGAAGCUGGACGUCUACUGGAUGAAGUGGACUUGACGCUUGGAGCGCAAGUCAGGCUGGUUGCUGAUGGGACUAAUGAGUUGGUUGAUAUGGUUGAUACCAGUAAGAAGGUCGCUGUGAGGAUACAGCAAGCCAUCAAUCAGUCUUGGGAGUCCAUCAUGUCUACUCCCAAACCGCAACGAGUGAGGACUACGUCUGCAUAG